CCUCCCCCCUCCCCCCUCCCUCUCCCCAACGCCUGAUAGCCGCCCCCCGAGAAGGAGGAGCAGCAAGCAAGCAGCCACCCAGGCGAAGAAGCGCUCACGCUUACGGCAGAGGCUGCUUCGGGCGCAGCGCGCGCGCGGUGCCGGCCGGCUUCCCGGCCGAGUCGCUCUUUCUCGCGUGGUGGUGGCGCUGCGCACGGGCGUGUUUGCCACGAUCUGGCGCCCUUGUUGCGCCUCUCUCUCUCUGUUCCCUUGCACCACCACCACCCCUCUCAGUUGCAUCGAAUUCCUCGUCAUGCAGCUCCCCUCUCUCCUCAUCCCGCUCGCCGCGGCCCUUCUCGGCGCCCUUUCGUGCGCACCGCACGUCGCGGCAAAGGCGCAGCCGGGCGUGCUGGAUCUGACAAAGGAGGCCGACUUCAACAAGCAUGUGGGCAAGGACUCGCCAGCGCUCGUCGAGUUCUUUGCGCCGUGGUGUGGACACUGCAAGAAGCUGGCUCCCAUCUACGCCCAGCUCGCCUCUUCCUUCUCCUCUUCCGCCUCGGGCAGCAGCGCGGCCGUGCACAUCGCCAGCGUGGAUGCCGAUGCCAACCGCGCGCUCGGCGCGCGCUUCGACAUUAAAGGCUACCCGACGCUCAAGUGGUUCGCCGCCGGCUCGCUCGCGGGCGAGGAGUAUCGCGGCGCACGAGACCUCGAGAGUCUCAGGCGCUUCGUCGCAGACAAGAUUGGCGCAAAGGGGGAGAAGAAGAGGCAAGAUACGCGCACGGUGGCGGUGCAGCUGAGCAACGGCAACUUUGAUAAGGUGGUGCUGGAUCAGACUAAGCAUCGCUUGUGCGUCGUGGCGCAACUGGACGCCGACAAUGCGCUGCACAAGACGUAUGGGCAGCAGUACGGCAUUUCCAGCUACCCCACCAUCCUCUUCUUCCCCAAGGGCAGCUCCACGCCGAAGCCCUACACGGGCGCACGCUCCGAAGAGGCGCUGCUCAACUUUCUCAACGACAACUGUCAGACGUUCCGCAAGGCCGGCGGUCUGCUUUCCGAAAUGGCAGGCCGCAUGCCAUCUCUUGACCGCCUCGCCGCCCUCUUUUUCAACGGCGCCCACGACGACGCCAGGGCCUCGGUGCUCGCCGAGACCAAGGAGUACGUGGCGCGCAUGAGCCAGAGCGUCAAUGCCACAGAGGCAAAGAAUGCGGCGGCAAAGUACUAUGUGCGCGUCAUGGACAAGCUCCUAGAGACGCCAGAGUACGUCGAAAAGGAGACGAAACGCCUCGAGGCGCUCCUGGCCAAGCACGCAGAGGGCGUGGCGCACCUGGCCGCAACGAAGGUCGACGAGCUGACGCGCAAGAAGAACGUGCUCGCUAGCUUUCGCAAGAUGUCGCAGGAGUACAUGGAGCGCCUGCACGAGGCGGGCAAGAAGAGACACGAGGAGCUCUGAGGCGCCUGUCAGGCCGCGCUUAUCUCCCCCUCGCUCCUCUCCCUCCCCUUCUCCCCUCUCUCUUCUCCUCCUCCAACUCUACUUGUCGCACUCAAAAUGACAUCACACAUGCGCCCGCG